GUACCUGAGUUUCGGUGAGGGGAAGGGGAAGGGCCGAGCCGAGCGAUCAACACCAGCUCUCCAGAAUUCUCCGGGGUUAAUUUUCCUCUUGUUGAUCAUCUCGGCGGCCUUCGUCGGAGCGGACGAUCAGUGAACGUUGCUCGGCGGAAAUCUGCAGGAUCGAGGCUCUCCGCAGAGGAAACACACGGUUUUAUCUUCGGCUGUUGGUCCAGCAGGUCGACGCGGAAAGAGCUCUCCAACUUCCUGGUUCAGCACAGUCAGGAUGUCGGUCACCCCUCGACGCGUCCGGCUGAAGCCCUGGCUGGUCGCUCAGGUGGACAGCGGGCGAUACCCGGGUCUGGUGUGGAUUGACCGUGAUGCCAUGCGCUUCAGGAUCCCAUGGAAACACGCCACGCGCCACACACCCCAGCACGAGGACGAGGACACCAUAUUUAAGGCGUGGGCCGUGGAGACCGGGAAGUUCCAAGAGGGAGUUGAUGAACCCGAUCCUGCAAAGUGGAAAGCUCAGCUUCGAUGUGCCCUGAACAAAAGCCGAGAAUUCAACCUGGUCUACGACGGCACCAAAGAGGUCCCCAUGAAUCCUCUGAAGAUAUAUGACGUCUGUGACAUCCCGCAGCCGCUCAGCAACCAAGGGUCCUCAGACGCAGGUUCUUGGACUCCACAUGAUGAUGAUGGUGUUGAGGAAGAUAUUCCAGAUACACCAGAGUCUCUCCCUCCAUACCCGUCCAAUGGCACCAGCCCCUCUCCUCUCAUUAUGUGGUCUCCUAUGGGCUCAGAGUCCUCCAUGCAGCCCCCCAGCUGCCCCCCUUCAAAUGAGGUCUGGCCCAAAGAGGAGCCUGUUAAAAUCUGGCCCAAAGAGGAGCCUGUGGAUGUGGAGAUGCACCCCUCACCCCUGGGUGACAUGCCCCCCGCUCCUCUGCCCGAUCACUCAAUGCAGCCCCCUCCUCUGCCCGACACCCUGUUUGCCUCUCCAGAAACAUGGAUCAGUUCCCUCCCGAUGACAGACCUGGAGGUGCAGUUCCUGUACAGAGGGAAGGAGAUGUGUCCCACAGCCACCGUCAGUAACCCGCACGGCUGCAGGCUGUUCUACGGGGACCUGGGCCCCAUGGUCAACCAGGAGGAGCUCUUCGGGCCGGUGAACCUGGAGCAGCUACGCUUCCCGACCACGGAGCACAUUACCAACGACAAGCAGAGGAUUUUCACCGGCCGCCUGCUGGAUGUCAUGGACAGAGGCCUAAUCCUGGAGGUCAGCGGCCACGAUAUCUACGCAGUCCGUCUCUGCCAGUGUAAGGUGUACUGGUCCGGCCCCUGCGCUCCGAAUCCGGCUGCACCAAAUCUCAUAGAGCGCCAGAGGAAGGUGAAACUCUUCUGCCUGGAGUCUUUUCUCAGUGGGGUGAUAGCCUACCAGCGAGGACAGACACCAAGCCCCCCGCAGUUUGACAUCAGCCUGUGUUUUGGAGAGGAGUGGCCUGAUGGGAGGCCCCGGGAGAGGAAGCUCAUCAUGGUCCAGGUCAUUCCGGUGGUGGCCCGUAUGAUUACCGAGAUGUUUUCUGGAGACAACACGCGAUCCUUCGACAGCGGCAGCGUCCGCCUGCAGAUUUCAAUCCCAGAUAUCAAAGACAACAUAGUGACCCACCUAAAGCAGCUAUACUGCCUGCUACAGACCCACCAGGGCCAGGACAGCUGGGCGUUGCCCCCUGGCUCGGGCCUGAACAUCGUCCAGGCUCUGCAGGCGCAGUGAAACAGCCCUCUCAGUGAACUCACGUUUUAUCAUAGAUCACUGUAUGUUUCACACUGCUGCUGAGAAUUACCUACUGUUAGCAAAGAAGUACUUAUGUGUAAUCGUAUUUAGAAGUGUGCACAGUAUACUGUAGGAUUCAUAUGCUUUUCUCUAGUAUAAAUAUGCUGUGUUGACGCUUUUCUGUAUGCAGAAGUAGUGCCUUCAGUGUGCAGGGACCAUAGACAGAUGUGGUGGUUGCAUGGGCCAAAGUCCUAUUUGCUGUAUUUGGAACAUUUAACAUAGUUAAUGAGUUACAGAAAUUGCCCUGUGUCGUAUUUAUCCGAAACAGGUCAGUGAUCAGCAAACUUGCCUGGAGUCAAGACACAGGGCGGAAUGAUUUCGCGUUUUUGAAGUCAGAUAAAAUGUUUUGAAGCAACACACCUAUUUGGGAUUUGUAUAUUUUGCAUGACAUAGCACAGGCAAAUAUGAAUUAAAGCACACAUACUUUC